AGGAUCAGGCAGCUAAAGAUAAAGCAAUGCAGAGUAUGGCUACAAUGUCAUCUGCCCAGAUUAUCUCUGCAACUGCCUUCCAUAGUAAAAUGGCCUUGCCUGGUCUUCCACGACCAGCCUAUCCUGCUGUUUCUGGGUUUUGGCAAGGACCUUUGCCAGGCCAAGCUGGAUCUUCCCAAGACGUGAAACCUUUUUCUCAACAGCCUUAUGCUGUACAGCCUCCGCUGCCAUUACCAGGGUUUGAGUCUCCUACUGGCCUCUUGCCUUCCCAAUCAGCACCAGCUUGGCAAGGACGAAGGGUUGCUAGCUCCAAACUUUGGAUGUUAGAAUUCUCUGCAUUCUUGGAACAACAGCAAGACCAAGACACAUAUAACAAACACCUGUUUGUGCACAUUGGGCAGUCAAGCCCUAGCUACAAUGACCCCUACCUCGAGGCGGUGGAUAUCCGGCAGAUUUAUGACAAGUUCCCUGAGAAAAAAGGGGGCCUGAAGGAGCUCUUUGAAAGGGGGCCAGCUAAUGCCUUCUUCCUUGUCAAAUUCUGGGCUGAUUUGAACACCAAUAUUGAAGAUGAAUCCAGAUCUUUCUAUGGCGUUUCCAGCCAAUACGAGAGCCCAGAAAACAUGGUCAUUACCUGUUCCACCAAAGUGUGUUCCUUUGGAAAGCAGGUGGUGGAGAAAGUGGAGACAGAGUAUGCACGCUAUGAAAAUGGACACUAUUCCUACCGCAUUCACCGUUCCCCUCUCUGCGAAUACAUGAUAAACUUCAUUCAUAAACUCAAGCACCUUCCUGAGAAGUAUAUGAUGAACAGUGUGUUGGAGAACUUUACUAUCUUACAGGUUGUGACAAACAGGGACACACAGGAGACCUUGCUGUGCAUAGCAUAUGUUUUUGAGGUAUCAACUAGUGACCAUGGUGCCCAGCAUCACAUCUACCGGCUGGUGAAGGACUAGAGACUCUGGCCUGGGUCGUCCAUGGGAUGCAUGUCUAAGAAAAAAGCCUGUGCUUGAACAACCCCUGCCCUCUCAUAUCAAACUGAAAAAUAAACUGCAGAUAUUGUGUAUUUUCAGAAAAGCA